GCGGGGCGGCCGAAUUGAAUCAACCGACCAAGAGAGAGGGCGGGAGGGGUGUCUGUGUGUACAGUCAAGUCAGAGACAGACACAACACAGAGCGUGCGAGUCUGAGUGAGUGAGAGGGACCUUCCUCCGUCGUGUGUACAUGACUCAAGGAAAGAUACACAUGGCGGGACAAACAUGGAACGGGACAAACAUGGCCGAGCCAUGCAUCCAUCCAUCCAUCGAGCGAAUCACCACGUGUGCGAUCAGACAAGAAAAGAUGGCAGCUCAUCUGGUGGGUAUGAGCUUCAUGGGCAGGUGGCCGCACUCGUCCCGCUUCUUGUUGAAAAUGGCAAGCCGAUCACGGACUGCCUGACGCCUACACACACACACACACACAGAGACACACAUCCAUCAUGCACACCCCCAUGUGUCCACACACCACACACACCACCCCCACCUGAGCAGGUCAGCAUGCGCCUGCACGACCUUCCUGUCUCUCAGCUGUUCCGCCUCCCUCUCCACCAAAGCCGCCUCCCGCUUGUAGAGCUCAAAGUCGUGCUGCUGCCGGGGGUUGCCGUAGAUGUCGUGAGUUCUCAGAUACUCGGCCCAGGUGCCCCCGGCCUGAUCCAGCACAGACCGACGCCGGCCACCUCGCUGCACCUGGUGCUGGUGGUGGUGGUGGACAUGGUGGCCUGUGGGCGACCGGUCCAUAGCAAUUCCGGCACCGGCGCCUUUCUUGGCUGGCAGUGCUGCUGGUGGUGGUGGUGCUUGUGCUGAUUGUGCGGUGGUGUCCGUUGAUGAUGGGUGGAGGGACGAGGAGUGGCCCGUCGCGGCCGUGUGGAGGGCCUUGGGUGACACAGGAGGCAGAGGCGGCUUGUGGGUCUUGAUCGUGACAGCUGCUUGUGGGUGUGAGGGAGAGGUCUUUGCCGGGAGGGCGAUUGGGAGGGAUGGGGCGCUGUUGCAGCCGCGAAGCCUGCAACCACAUCGAUCAAGACACACAAAAAGGCAUGCAGACGCAGAUUGAUGGAUGCGGUCGUGUCUCCCACCCGAUGAACCGCGCGGCCACAUUCCUGGCCCCCGCUGUUUCCAGUGGGUUCCGCCGCAGCAGCUGCGCCAGGACAGGGGAUAUGUUGUGGGUCAGCAGGGAGGGGCACACGGCCAGGUAGUCCUGAUACGGGUCCUUCCCGCUCGCAGCGGCUUCGUCCAGCGUCACCGUCUCAGCUGCCUCGUCAUCAUCCCCUCUGCCCUCUCCACCCUCUCCCCCAUCUGCCCCCUCUCUCUCCGAUUGUCCUACUCCUUCAUCGAAGAACAAAACGGCCUUUCUGUUUGUCGGUGAAGUGUCCAAAGGGUCGCUCUGGCCAGAGAAAAAAGCCGCCUCCCAUUGAGGGGCGGCGGUGUGCCGGCGGGACGACCGUCGUGCGGUGGAUUUCUGCGACUUUGUCGCCUCUGUGUGCUGUCCGUCGUCACCUCCUGGCUGCUGUGAGGGGCGGCGGGGUGAGAGGGGGGCGUUGAAGUGUUUGGCGGGUGUCUGCCGCUUCAUGACGCUGCGGUGGCCCACCAUGAGGACGGCGUGGUGGUGGCUCCUGCCCCACACAGGGGUGUGCACUGCCGGCGCCUCUGACACCUGUCGUCUGCUUCUGCCCGCCUCAGACGCACCCGAAGAGCUUCUCGCGUCCCCUGUGGUGUCGAUCUCCCUCUCCAGUUCCUUCUUCUCCCUCUGACGUGCAGACGCUGCUCUGCCUCUGCUCUCUCCCCCGUCCCCAUCAGAGCCGCCAUCUUCAUCCGCCAAGCCGAUCACCUUGGGCAAUGCGUCCUCUGUCGCUUUGGUCCGCAGCUUCACUCUGCCGCGGUAGCCAACCGGACACUCUUGCUCAGACUCUUCCGACGUGUCGGUCCUUUUCUGGGAGCUAGAGGGGGGCGGUGGGGCGGCGGAGAAGAGCUCCUGCUUCGUGGCUAGGUCCUCCUGGAUGUGUGUGAGGAUGGGGCUGCUCUUGUUGCCGCCACGGAUGGGAAGCACCCGCAUCGCCAGCCUGGGCGGCUGCCGGUCCAUUUGCGCGAACUCGAGCUGCACCCCGAAAAGGGGCCUGUGGGAGGUGCCUUCAAACGGGCCUCCUGGUGCGGCUGCUGAGCCUUCAAUGCUGGAACGGGCGGCCUGCUGCUCGGACGAGCCGAGGGGUGCAAUGGUGGACUGAAUGAUGCUGGCGGUGUUGCCGCGCAUCAGCCGGGCCGCCUGUUCUUUGCCCUUUUGCUGCUGCUGUUGCUGCUGCUGGACGUCGUCGUGGGCCUGCAUGGGCUUGAGGUGGGGGGCGGAUAUCACCUGCGCGAUGAAAAGCCGCUUCCUGAGCUCUGCAAGUGCGGCAUCGGAGGGCCGCACACCGGUCAGCUCGAAGUGAACUAUCUAAUUGAGGAGACAUCACGCAAAGAGUGUGUAUGGGUGCCUGCGGGGAACCCACCUUGUCAAGAGCUCUCAAGAAGUCCUCGCCGAUGUCGGCCGCGUCGUUUGGAAAGAGGGCGGUGAAGAGCCGAUACAGUGCCUGGGACAAUAUGGGCGGCAACGCAUCCGCGACCCACGUCUGCAGCAUAGCAUCACGAGACGAUGCCUGUGGCCCGAAAGCAUUCCUGAUGUCUGUCCUCAUGUGUACCUGCAGCCUGACGCCCCUUCUAAUCUCUGAGUAGGAAACGAUUCCCGCAGUGGCAGCAGACGCAGGCUGUGUGGCGCCGCUCGUGUUGAGCGGCAUCAGGGAAGCCAGCCGCCGACUGGCCAGCGUCUGGCUCAGUGUGCCGAUGCGAGACACCAACUGCAUCUGACACGCACACACACACACACACACAGAGAGAGAGAGAGAGAGAGACAGCACAUCCAUCAGACAGACAGCCAAAUUUUGACUCACCCAGUGCUUUGGCAGCGGCGCUCUCAGCUCGGACAGGGCCUUGAGCUUCCUCUCCCGGAACAGCUUGAACUCAUCAGCCAUCUCCCAGAACUGCUUCUGCCCCCGCAGGGCCUCCAGCUUCCCCUCCUUUUUGUAAAACACCAGAAUGAGCACCAGCCAGAACAUCCCCACGCCCAGCUCGCGCACCGUCCUGCCCUCCUCAUGCACCAGCCGCUUCAGCGCCCGCAUCCGCAGUGUCUGCUGCGGGGUGCCGGGGGGGUGGAGGCCUCUGACGGCCUCCUGGACGUACGGGAAGACGUCCACAAACACGUCGGUGUGUCUGCUGCCGCCCUCCACGCCGUUGAUGACGAUCCCGCAGUAGUCCUUGACACUUGGCGGACUGAGGAGAUGCUCCGCAGACCCCGGCUGUGGCAGCAUGAUUGUCUUAGACUCGGCCUGGUGGUGCUGGUGCUGGUGGUGGUUCUGGUUCUGGGCUUGUGGGUCCCGCGGUUUGCCAUCUUUCUGGCUGAAGGAUGGCUGCCGUGACGCUGGCCUGGUUGUGGUGCCUCUGCCGGUGGUGGAGCCUAUCAUGGAAGCGCGUCUCGCAGAUGGCAGCUGGGUGGGCGCCUGCAGAUGGGAGACGGUGUUGCGGAUGAUGUUGAAGAAGGGAUGCCCCUGAAUUAAGCCACACGACACACACGUCUUUCCUUUGUUCAACAACACGCCCAUCCCUCCGUCCAUUGCUCACUCUCUGCAGCUGGUCCAGCAAAGGUUGGUAGAGGGAAUCCAGGCUCCGCACCUUGGGUGGUGGCGGGGGCGUCGAAUCAUGCUGCUCCUGCUGUGACUGCGUGGUGGACGACUCUGACUCGAAGCUGCUCAUCUUGACGUCGGGCGACGGUGGCCCUGACGGCCUCGUCGAAUCGGGAACAACGCCCCCGUCUCUCAUCCUUUCACUGCAGAUCUGUCUGCCUGACCCCACAAUGACGUUUCUUUGGUCUCUAUGCCAAUCUUCGCUGCUUCUGUCG